GAGUCCGGCCCCCGCGGCGGGACCCGUGUUUCAGCAUGAGCCUCAGUGACGGGAAGCAGUUGCAGUGUUGAGUGACCAUCACCGCAGUCCUGGGCCCAAGGGGAAACCUGAGCCUUGCGCCGCUCUCACCCGUUCCUCCGUGCUCCACUGCUCCUUGCUGUGACUCCUUCCAGCUGGCCCUGUCCCCUGUGGGCCCCUGUCCGCUCAGCACAGGUGCCCAUUGCUCCCUGGGUACCUCCAGCAUUGUCCUCAGACAUCAUCACCCGCCUCUAACACCCUUCUAUCUGCCUCAGGAAUCUGGCCCUCCUAGAAAGCGUGAGAGUGGGUGCACCAGGGCCUUCUACCACUUCACUCCAGAUGUACGCACCACUUUGUGCAUCUGGCUUUAUGUGGGUACUGGAGAAUUGAAUCCAGGCUGUCAGGCUUUGCAAGCGAGUGCCUUUACCUGCUGAGCCAUCUCUCCAGCUGCACCCUAUCUUUUGAUGAACCCCGAGUAUGGUGAAGUGCGUGAGAACCAUGGAUCAUGAAUGCACAUCUGUGUUUCCGUAUCACAGGCCCCGUCCGGGCUGAAGCUUGCAGAGGAUGGAAACACGCGCCCAGCAAUGUCACUGGGCCGUCUCCUUCGCAGGGCCUCCUCUAAGGCCUCAGACCUCCUGACCCUCACUCCUGGGGGCGGCAGCGGGGCCCCCUCCAUCCUGGAUGGAGACGUCAUUUACUCCAAGAACAAUGUCUGUGUCCAUGCCCCUGAGGGGCUGCAGGGCCCAGGGGAGCAUCACCCAGGGUACCUGUGCCUGUACACGGAGAAGGACGAGCUGCUGGGGGCCACGCUCAUCCUGGCGUGGAUUCCAAACUCCCGCAUCCAGAGGCAGGAUGAGGAGGCCCUGCGCUACAUCACCCCGGAGAGCUCCCCCGUGCGCAAGGCACCCCGACAUCGGCGUCGGCGCAUCCCAAGCUCCGAGGUCCCCCACCAGCCCUCUCCCACUGAGCCAAGGCCUCCCCUGACCCCCAAAGACGGGGACAUCCUGGUGGUGGCCCAGAGCACCCAGGACGCUGUGCACAUCGGCCCUUCUGCGGAGGACAGGGAGAAGGUGGCCCAGGGCCCAGGGGAGGAUGGGCCCCUCCGCGCCUCACAGCCUGCCCACAGCGACUCUGGAAUCUUGUCUACGGUCGGUGCCCAGGAUGGGACGGAGGACGGCCGGGAGCCGAAACCUGAGGCUGGGGAGGAAGAGGGCUCCUUGGAGCUGUCAGCUGAUGGUGUGAGCCGGGACAGCUCCUUCGACUCGGACUCAGAUGCCUUCUCCUCACCCUUCUGCCUCUCGCCCAUCAGUGCGGCCCUGGCAGAGGGCAGUGGCUCCGCGUUCCUGGAGAGUGAGGGCAGAGAAGCAUGUGGCCCUUACACCACCUCCUCUGCCAGCUCCCCCUCCAGCUCCGAUGCCAAUCUGCGGUUCCCGGACAGCAAUGGCCUCCUGCAGACGCCACGCUGGGAUGAGCCACAGCGGGGCUGCGCCUUGGAGCAGAUCUGUGGCGUGUUCAGGGUGGACCUGGGCCACAUGCGCUCCCUGCGCCUCUUCUUCAGCGAUGAGGCCUGCACCAGUGGCCAGCUGGUGGUGGCCAGCCGAGAGAGCCAGUACAAGGUUUUCCACUUCCACCACGGCGGCCUGGACAAGCUCUCCGAGAUUUUCCAGCAGUGGAAAUUCUGCACCGAGACGCACCUCAGGGACCAGCAGGUUACGGAUGAGAGAACGCGCAUGCAGUUCUCCAUCCGAAGGCCCAAGCUGCCUUCCUCCGAGACCCACCCGGAGGAGAGCCUGUACCGGAGGCUGGAUGUGUCCGCCUGGCUCAACCACCUGAACGAGCUGGGCCAGGUGGAGGAGGAAUACAGGCUGCGCCAGGCCAUUUUCUUCGGAGGCAUUGAUGUGUCCAUCCGGGGAGAGGUCUGGCCCUUUCUGCUGUGUUACUACAGCCACGAGUCCACGUCAGAGGAGCGUGAGGCGCUGAGGGUGCAGAAGCGGAAAGAGUAUGAGGACAUCCAGCAGAAGAGGCUCUCUAUGACCCCCGAGGAGCACCGAGCCUUCUGGCGCACUGUGCAGUCCACCGUGGACAAAGACGUGGUUCGGACAGAUCGGAGCAACCAGUUCUUCCGAGGGAAGGACAACCCAAAUGUGGAAAGCAUGAGGAGGAUUUUGCUGAACUACGCUGUCUACAACCCGGCCAUUGGCUACUCCCAGGGUAUGUCGGACCUCGUGGCGCCCAUCCUGGCUGAGGUUCUGGAUGAAUCAGACACCUUCUGGUGCUUUGUGGGAUUGAUGCAGAACACCAUCUUUGUCAGCUCUCCUCGGGAUGAGGACAUGGAGAGACAGCUGCUGUACCUGCGGGAGCUGCUCCGGCUGACGCAGCAACGCUUCCACCAGCACCUGGUCUCGCUGGGCGAGGACGGUCUACAGAUGCUCUUCUGCCACCGCUGGCUUCUGCUCUGCUUCAAGCGGGAGUUCCCCGAGGCCGAGGCCCUGCGGAUCUGGGAGGCCUGCUGGGCCCACUACCAGACAGACUACUUCCACCUGUUCAUCUGUGUGGCCAUUGUGGCCAUCUAUGGGGAUGAUGUCAUCGAGCAGCAGCUGGCCACAGACCAGAUGCUCCUGCACUUUGGAAAGCUGGCCAUGCACAUGAAUGGGGAGCUGGUGCUCAGGAAGGCCAGGAGUCUGCUGUACCAGUUCCGUCUUCUGCCGCGGAUCCCCUGUAGUCUUCACGACCUGUGCAAGCUGUGUGGGACGGGCAUGUGGGACAGUGGGUACAUGCCCGCUGUGGAGUGUGCUGGCCACCAUCCAGACUCAGAGAGCUGUCCCUAUGGGGGCACAUUGGAGGCGCCUUCACCCAAGCCCUCAAGAGAAGGCAAGAAGGGCCCCAAGACGCCACGGGAGGGCUUUGGCUUUCGUAGAUAGGAGAGUCUCUGCCCUGAUGGAGGGGCGCGGGGACCGACGGGAGGUCCUGGACAUGUGGGAAGGGUGUGGAAGGGGUUGGAAGGAAGAAGCAAGCAAAUGCCUCUGGCGAAUGUGAAGAGAGCUUUGUCAUGACUGUGAAAAUCAGAGUGCAGAAGUGACAGAAGGUGGCAGCCACUCCUGAAAAGCUAACACAAGAUGCCUGGGUGCAGGCUGUGGCCCUCAAGCCAACGGGCGGGCUUGAGGAUUUCUGCACGGUUCAGCCAGGCAGUAGGCAAGGUAGGGACUCAAAAAGUCCUCGUACAGCCACCAGCAUGGGGGUCUGGAAGGAUGCAGGGCCGAACGUCCUGUCUGGGCCCAGAGACGCCCCCCGAAACAACACACUUCCUCAGCAGACGGCAUGCUUUCUGAGCCAAGCACACGUCCUCAGCUUCCAAAGCACAGCUGUAGAACUGGUGUGAAGACAUCUGGAGAAAAAACAAGCUCAGCUGACUGACUCCAGAGCAGGCGUGCAGAGGUGGCUUCCCGCACUCUCUGUGUCAACACCUUUGCCCUGCUGUGGGAAGAACGUGCCCACCCUGAGCCAGAGCUGCUGGCUGGCGGACAAGUGUCAGGUGCCCGUGGGUGUCUGCAGUCACCUCAUCAAGUACAAUAGCUUACUGGGCCCUGCAUGUGCAACUAUAAGGUUCUCAGAGGAGAAUCUGCUUGGUCCUGGGGCAGUGUAUUAACUGCCCAGACAAGGCAGAAAGCACCUGGAAGUGCCAGGCAGGGGCUCCCGCCUCUCUGCGAGGCCCAGGCUCCUGCUGGGUCCAUUGGCUUUGUGUUCAUCAGUGACUUGGGGGACCGGGCAGCUCUCGGGCUCUCUGCCUCUUCAGAGGGACCAGAUCUUCUAGCACUGUAUCCCCAAAGGCUGAAGACCAGCUGCCUCUUCAGGACUGAGGAUGGACAGACAGACAAGGGCUUGUCUCAUAACCUGUCUCAUGAGAGCUCCCAGCCAGUGCGUGGAAAGACAGUGGGAGCAAGGAGCCUUGAUUUCCUGCCAAGGGCAGAUUGAGGGCUAUUUUCAUUGAAGUGUGGCACUGCAGGACAGUGCCAGGCUUAAAAAGUGUUCAUCAGCAGAAAAGGGGGGGGGAGGGUCUCUCACCAGCCAUCUCCCUUCUCAGCUUCCCUUUCCCUAUAAGGCCCUCUCUCUGCAGGAACUCACGAGGAUAUUGGACCCUCUAUUCAAGAGCCCGUUUCAUGGGUCCUUCCUGGUGGCCUGUUGGCAUCCAAAUAUCAGGGUACAGGCCAAUGUGGUUCAGCAAUAGGACCCUAGGGGGAGGCUUGUCAUCCACCUUGCUUUCUGUGCGGGCUCGUUCCCUGGGUAAGUGGCUGGAACUAAGCAGGCCCGUCUUUUGCCCUGACUCCCCUCUGCCAGCCAGAGCCACACACAGGCAUGCCAAUUGACCAUUGCCAUAGUAACGCUACGCAGGGGCGAAUCCCAGUGGUCUAGAACCAGGCACAUCCCAGCUAGCAUGUGGGCCCGUGGGUCAGCAGCCCAGGAUUGGCUGUUCUGGUCUUGGAUGGGCUUGCUCACUUCAGCGCUGACUGACCCCGAAGUCCCAGGGGAGUACUGAGGGCACAAGGGUGAGGUGUAUUGUUGAUCUGUGGUUCUCAGGUCCUCCUGGUAAGAGGUGCGGAGGCGAAAGGGGGCAGGUGCCUUUCUGAGCUUUGAUGGGCAUGACGCCUCCCAGCUACCCUGUGGGCAAGGCAGGUCAAGUGGCUGGACUCAGCUUCCAGUGGUGGGAAAGUGACUUCCUCCUACUCAGGUCCUGUCUGCAUAGUCAUGUGGCAGAAGCCAGGGGGUUUGGAUCAUUUUCCCAAGACGUCUUGGUCUGGCUCGUACCCUCCCAGGGAGGAAGGGCCAGCUCUGCCCUCACUCCCGUCAAGAUCACACCCCUAUCUGCUGCAGCCCAACUCCUGAGCCCUGCACUGCUCUAUGGGGGGCGGGGGGGGAGCAGAAGGAGCAGGUCUGGGGAGGCUCACCAGGGGAAGGCCUUCCUCACUCUGGGUCACCAUGUCCCGCAGUCUCCCUCACUGCUCUUCAAGUCCCGACCUGACUGACCAGCUGCCACCUCGCGCCAGGUGUCCCCACCCUGCCCAUGGACUGUCAGGGCCCUUAUGUCACCUGCAGCGUCACGCCAGCUGGAGACUCUGAAGCUAGAUCUGGGUGUGCAGCGCUGUGGAGAGGUGGAGAGGCCCGCCCCUGCAUAGCAACCUUAAUCUGGAUGCAAUUAGAGGAAACCAGCCAAAAAACCCUGCGGCAGCUGUUACCCCAGGAUUCUUCCCAGCCAGCAAAAGGCAUUAGGGUGAUAAUUCAGUAUUAGACUUCGAGCCUUCCCACCGCCAAGACGUGCAAAUCACGGGUAAUCAGCCCUCACACCGUUCUCGGCCACACUGCUUAUUUAACCCAUUUUUUAAAAUGACACUUAAUGUUAUUGGCCAGCGCGUGCGUGUGCACGCAUACUUAAAAGUUAGCUCUGCCGCUAAUGUCUGCAUUGACAUCACUGACUGAUGUCCCAGGUCUCUGGGAGGGACGGCGCCUUUGCUGUAUGCAUGCUGGCACUUAUGGGCAGCAGGUGAGAUGCGAUGCCCACUGCCUCUGGCUCACCAGCUAGGGAGGAACGAUGCGGAGGGUCGGCAGGGGCUAGCGAGACAUGAUGCUAGGGUUGGAGUAGGGGUGGCAGCUCCUCCAACCAGGACAGAAGGUGUCUUCACUGGGCACAGAGGGGACGCCUCUCCCAUCAGGAGGCCUGGCUACUUCUGCCAAGGAGGCUGAAGUCCAGUGGGGGCAUCCUUGGGCUGGGCUGUCUGCAGACAGCAGUGCAUGGCCCCUGACCUGCCAGGGUCAGGGAAGAGGGAGGUUUAAAUCCAGGAGCAGAGAAUGUUGACCUUGUCCUUUGACCCUUCCCUGACAGCCUGUGUGAGGCCUGCUGGACCGCAGGGGGACAUGGUGUCUAAAUGAGGGUCCCCUGGGAUUGGGGCCUUUGAUAGGUGGCCCUGGGCACAAGGGGUGGUGGCAACAGGGAAGUGGGAUGAGGACUACAGUCUGGGUUGGGGGGAUCAGUUUUUUUUUUAUCCGUUCGCAGUGCUAGGGAUGGAACCAAGGGCCUUUGCCCACACUAGGCAAGUGCUCUACCACUGAGCUACAUCCCCAGCCCCUGGUCUGAUUGUUUGGAAACAUUAACUCAGGUGGGGGCCAGCCCCCACAGCGACAGGAACCCAUAUGUGGCUGCCUGCAUGUCGGCACCCUACAAUGGCCUGGCAGAGGGCAGGGGACACCCAGGAGGACAGCCCUGCCUCGAGGGAAGGAGCGUGAACAGAAUCCCCUGGGAAAACGCACACGGACAUGGCAUGGGCUGGGUCAGAGUCAGGCCAGGCCCUGCCACCCGGUGGAGCCACAGGAAGGGCACGGAGGAGCUGGGCUGAGGCUGGGCCUGCCCUGCCCUGGAGUCCCUGGAGAGCCAUGAAAACCCGAGGGAGUCUGCUGUUCUUGUGUUUCCAACCAGGCUGCGCUGUCGAGCUGGGUCAUCCUGGGUAGAGGGAACCAUCCAGACCUAAGCCAGUGUUGCCCAGAGCGUCCCCUGGGUGAUAAGCCCUCGAAGCCUCGAUUUCCCAUCUGUAAAGGGGGAGCAAGGGCUUGCCUGACUGCAAUGAGGAGGAUCCGCCAUGGCCCUGGGACCUCACCUGCCACUCAGGGACGAGCCGCUGGCCUUAGCCUUCUGCAGCAGCGGCCGCAAGGGGCCGUUGUGUGCUCAGCCGGCUUGGACUCAGCAAACCCAUUCCUCCCCCCUCCGCACACCCACCUCGCUGCGCGUCCUCCGCGGACGGCCAACCUCUCUGUGCCUCCUUUGCAAAGUUCACUCCAUGCUGCCCACUCCUGCCCUGAAGAAAAAUGAGCCUGGCCCAUGCGUGCUUGGGUGGGUGUGCAAAUCUCUUCCACAGAUGGUCUCAGCCCUCAGCUGUGACGAUCUCUGGGCUGAGGACUCUGGGGCCCCUGCAGACACCUGCCGCCACCUGGCCUUUAAAUACACCGUGUUCAGUUUCCAGGCAGGAAGGCGCAUUUCAACUCGCAUGAGCAAUCAACUCUCAUGACCUUCUCUUCUCCAGCACUCUGGGCAUUAGGAGUACAGUUUUUUAGGGAAAAGUUUUCAUGAAAUUUCUAUUACUGGGAGAUGACUGCUGUCUACGGUGUGUGAUUUGUUCUGCUUUUUUUGUUGUUGUUGUUGUUUGUUUUAACCCAAUCAGGGUUAGGACUUGUCAUCAUGACCCCUGUUAGCCGCUGCUCUCAUGAAUUCCACACUAAAUAAAAUUGUAUUGCAACAAG